AUGCCGUUCAAAAAAGGUCACAAGCUCAAUCUUGGGCGCAGCAGACGGACCACCCUCAAUGUCACCCGCACUCCAACACCACGAGUUUACGACGACGAAGACGACGAAGAAAUGGCCGAUGUCGACGAUACACGUGAUGCGACCGAACUCGAGCAUGAUGAGGAUGUCGAGGAUGCUGCAACACCCGCUGGCGACGACGGGGAAGAGGACGAUGACGAGCCGAGAAUAACGAGUAUGCCGCGGCGAAGAGCAGGAGGAGGUAAAGCACGUGGGCGGCAAAGCAGAGGGCGCGAUCUGGAUGGCACACCUGAACCUGGCAUGGACGACGAAAGCGAGAAUGGUACACCUUUGCGCCGGAGGAGAGGCAGGCCAGGCGCGGAACGGGGCAGUGCGCGAGGCAGAGGCGGCUUCAGAGGGAGGCGGAAAGGACAAGCACCCGAUGCGCCGACGCAUGUCACAGACAAGGACGGCAGUGUGUACGAGGUCCAGAACGAUGAGGCCUUGGUCGACCAGGAUGAUGAGGGCGACGAGAAAGUCGACGAGUCCGGCAUCUUGAAGGGCGGCAGAGAAUAUCGCGUUCGGACCUUCACCAUCAUGGGCAAAGGUGAGAGACUGUACAUGUUGAGCACGGAACCAGCCAGGUGUUGCGGCUUCAGGGACAGCUACCUGUUCUUCACGAAGCACCCCAAGCUCUACAAAGUCCUAGUGGGCGAAGAAGAGAAGAAGGACCUCAUCGAGCGUGGGAUCCUGCCAAACUCUUACAAGGGCCGCAACAUCGGUGUUGUAGCAGCACGAUCAGUGUUCAGAGAAUUCGGCGCAAAGAUCAUCGUUGGUGGUCGCAAGGUCAUCGAUGACUACAGAGUCGCCGAUGCUCGUGCCAACGGCGAAGUAGAAGGCGAGCUCGUGGACCCGGACGACCAUGUGCCGGACGACCGCUCGCAGUAUAACAGGAAUCGGUAUGUUGCUUGGUUUGGUGCGAGCGAGGUGUAUAGACAACAAGGAGUAUCCACGGUGCCGGGAGCUAAGCCACAAAUCAGGAAGCACAGGAAUAACAUUACGGUGCAAAAUUGGCAAUUCAUGCAUGCGAGAGAGGCGAGCCGCUUCAACACCGCCGCAACGCAGCUCAGAAAAGCGAACCUCGAAGGUGUCUACGACAACAACACGAACAUGAUGUUCUACCCAAAGAUCAUGCAACCCACUCAUGCCAAAUGGGAGCACAUUCCAGCAGGCACACAACAAUCGGACAGCAAACAGCUCACCAACGGACACCUCCCCAAUGGCUCCUCCUCUGAUCACGACAGCGUCAUGUCAACCGAGGGCCAACAAAGCGACACAAUCUUCUCCGACGUCCCAUCUCUCAUCUCCCGCACAUUCACAGUCAUCGACACAACCUACAGCGCGCCUCCAAUAUCAAGCGUAGGCUACCCCGGCCCAGACGGGCAUGUCGAGGACCCAACAUCAGGACCCAACGGCCUCAGCACUGUACCCCAAGACCUCAUCGACGAGCUCCCAGCUGAAUGCCGCGUGGCUUUCGAGGAAGCGAAGGCUACAGAGCUGGGCUGGAAGCAACGAUGGGGUACGGAGGCUCACAGUGGACAGAGAGGGCAGUUGAAGAUUGGCUUUCUUGGGUAUCCUGUUUGA